AUGUCGCCAACGAGAUUAUCCAUGACGCCAUUUUGGAUACCUUAUAGGGCCAUUUGGAUGGGGCAGACGGUCAUUUCUUCCCUUUCUCGCUUGCACGUGCAUAUAUUCCCUGAUGCAUGCUUACAAACGCUGAAAGCCUUUUCUUUCAUUCAUUUUACCCCUGACGCGAAUUCUUUCUUUCUUUCUUUCUUUCUUUCUUUCUUUCUUUCUUUCUUUCUUUCUUUCUUUCUUUCUUUCUUUAUCGUCUUUUCUUUUCUCUCUGACGCCCAUUCUUUCUUUCUUUGCUGUUUGUUUUUUUCCUUUGUUUCUGUAGCCUUUUCUUGCAUUCAUUUUACCCCUGGCGCGAAUUCUUUUCUUUCUUUCUUUCUUUCUUUCUUUCUUUCUUUCUUUCUUUCUUUCUUUGCUACGAAUUCUUUCUUUCUCUUUCUUUCUUUCUUUCUUUCUUUCUUUCUUUCUUUCUUUCUUUCUUUGCUGUUUGUUUCCUUCUUUUUUGUAGCCUUUUCUUUCAUUCAUUUUACCCCUGACGCGAAUUCUUUCUUUCUUUCUUUCUUUCUUUCUUUCUUUCUUUCUUUCUUUCUUUCUUUUUACCCCACUUGUUCUCACCGCCUUUAUUUCCUUGCUGAUGUCUGUUUUUGCGAUAAUUCCUCUAUUCCUGCUGUCAUUUUCCUUUCUGUAUCUUCUUUUCUUUUCUCUCAGACGUUCUUUUUUCUUUAUUUAUUUUUAAUUUCUUUAUCUGUAACUUUUUUCUUUCUUUCAUUUUAA